ACAUAUCAUCAAGAAAAAAGAUCACAGUGAUAAUUUUAAUUUCCCUCUGAGUUCAAAUUUCAAAACAUUCUUCAAAUUAGUGCAAUAACGUAACCCAUUUAUUCACACUUAACGCGCUCUUUCUCCGCUCCAUUUUCAUUCACCGAUUUCGAAACGAACAAAGAAAGGUUCAGAAAAUCACAGUGAAAAUCAUCGCGAAAUGUUGAGCUUCGUGAAGCGUGGAUUAGGUUUUCUCCUCCGAUUCUUCUUCCGUUCCGUUCAAGCUGCUAUGAGGUGCUUCUUCGGAUUCAGAGGUAAUAGCCGGCAUCAUCUCCCUGAACCUCUUCUUGUCUCCACCGCACCUUCUCGCUCCACAACAACGGAUACGGUGAUAUCUGGAAAUCGUUUGUGCUCGUUGUUAUCGAAAGAGAAUGGAGAUUCAGCUAGGAAUGAUGCUGAUGAGGUGUCUCUGAACGAUGAGGCAAAGUUUCUUCAAGCUUGCGGUGCGAUAGCAGGAACGCCUCCUGAAAUUCGCAAAACGUCGGCGAAAUUGAAAGUGUCACCCGCUUGCGAAAGCAAUAGUGACACUUCAAGGUUUCAUUCUUGGCUUCCCAGUACUUCUGUCGAGAAACUUCAGCUGGAUGUCCAUUCUUUUGAGAAGACGCCUAGCAGCUUUGUCUUCAAGGCACAGGACCCUCAAUAUGACUCUCCUGACUAUGUGGAAGGAAGUUGGACUAGGAGUCCUCAUACUGCAUAUAGGAUUAGAAAGAAUGAAGCUUGGACAGGCACCGAGACUCAGAAGAAGAACAAAUCGGUGCGCUUUGAAUCUGAGAAUGAUCUAGUAUCAUAUCAAAGCCCGCCAGUUGAUGAUGUGCAGAAAAACAAGUCAUUGAAAAGCCAAAUUGCAAGUAGUCAAUCACCUUAUCCUACCCCGUUGAAGUUGUUUGAUGAGGUGCAAACACCUGGAACCGUAUACCCUACCUCAUUAGAUGACCUAUGUGAUGAUAAGCGUCGUGUUCGGUCACAAAUUGUCUAUGCAAAUUGCAAUGCUGGUGAGAAUCUCCUGCUGACUAAGUUACUUGAAGUGCAAGGUUUUAACCCGGAGCACGAUUCAAGUGAGCAACAACAUAAGCUGGAAGCAAGUUUAUCUUCUUGGUUAGAACCUGCAUCAAUCAUUAUGGAAGAGGGAAACGGGGAAACGGAGUCUGCUGCUGAUUUUGAGAUCCUACAAUCUGCUGACACACCUAAUAUUGGGGCGGUUCCUGCUCAAUUGAAUGAAGAUGAGAAUUCUCAUUUUGUUUCUCCGAAGAGGCCCGACGUCAAUGGAAUACCAAACACGACCAAGAAAUACAAGGAGGAUCAGACAGUAAAAUGGCAUGCAACGCCUUUUGAAGAGAGGUUGGAUAAGGCAUUAUCCGAGGAGAAACAUCUCUCUCAAAGGAAACUCGCCUUUGCAGAAACAAGGGAAUUUGAGGAUAUUGAGGAGUGAUACUCAGCUGUCUCAUCAACAAUCAUCCGCAGUUAGUGGUGUUAUGAAACAUGUACAUGUCCAUUGAUCCAUCCAGAAAUCGUUCAAAUUUAUAGACUACCAGUAAAUAUGCUGAUUCAUUAUACAAAUUUUGAGAUUCUACAUAGAGCUGUCAGGCUAUUUGGGACAAUACAGUUCCAUCCCUAAGUUUAAGAACAUUAGGGAGAACCUUCGUUUAUUGGAAAGGUAAUAGAAAUGAAAGCUUUUAAUGAACAUGAUAGGAAGUUUAAAGCUGGAUCCUCAGCCACUAUUGCCUCUUGCAAAAUCUCAGUUGUUUGAUUAAUCUCAA